GUGAGGGACCGAGUCUGGUUAGUUCAAAUUGACUGGUAGACAUUGCAUUAAAUAUAUUGGAGCUGUUUUUUGACAGUAAAAGAGUUUUGAUUAUUCUGAGUUAAGAAGCUAAAGGUCAAGUCUAGCAGGCGUUCAAAGAUUUAGUUUGAUGUUGCCUAAAAGUAUCGUACAUUGACCUGAGAAACGCCUUCUUGAAAAGUGCAGACAAGAGCUGAUUGCUGAGCAGUGUUUGUGGGACUGAAUUACAAGCAAAGAGGGACAAAACAAUCCUUAUGGGCUGCACAGUGAGCUUAGCUUGCCUGGAGGAUGAGAUAUGCCGUGUGCCACUGGAUCAAGUGCAAGAAAAGAAAAAUCUAAUGGAAAAGCCUGAAGAGUUAGCUUCUAGUUCCCACACAUUCAAGAACAAGACUUUCAAGAAGCCCAAGCCCUGCAGCAUCUGCAAGCAAGUCAUCAGCAACAGCCAAGGUCUUUCCUGCAGAGUCUGCAAAUAUGCUUGCCACAAGAAAUGCGAGUCAAAGGUGGUGACGCCUUGUUUGCCACCAGUCAACUAUGAACUGCCAGACAACUCGGAUUCAAAUUUAAGCCAUGUAACCAGUCCGGUCUCGAACACGUUUCUGAAAAGUUCAUCCCUCAUUCACAAUAAAUCAUCUCAGAGUGUGGAAUCGGGUCAGAUUAUGGAGGAGGGUUACGAGCUCGAUCUUACUUACAUUACGGAACGCAUUAUUGCAGUGUCUUUCCCUGCUGCAUGUUCAGAAGAAACCUAUCUCCACAAUCUACAAGAUGUAACACGGAUGCUUAAAUCCAAACAUGGAGAUAACUAUUUGGUGUUCAAUCUUUCUGAACGCCGGUAUGAUCUUGCCAAGCUGAACGCCAAGGUGAUGGAUGUGGGUUGGCCAGACCUUCACGCACCACCUCUGGAUAAGAUGUGUACCAUAUGCAAGUCAAUGGAGACAUGGUUGAACAAUGACCCACUGCAUGUGGUGGUCAUACAUUGCAGAGGAGGCAAGGGGAGAGUAGGAGUGGUGAUUUCAUCCUACAUGCACUUCACCAAUAUAUCAGCAAGUGCUGAUCAAGCUCUCGACAGGUUUGCAAUGAAAAAGUUCUACGAUGAUAAAGUAUCUGCUCUAAUGCAGCCAUCACAGAAGCGGUAUGUUCAUUUCUUAAAUGGACUGCUGUCGGGCACAGUAAAGAUGAACACCACGCCACUGUUUCUGCACUUCGUUAUCCUGCAUGGCAUUCCUAACUUUGACACCGGAGGAGUUUGCCGCCCAUUUUUAAAAAUCUACCAGGCAAUGCAGCCAGUCUACACUUCAGGAAUCUAUAAUGUUGGUCCAGAGAAUCAGAGCAGGAUAUGCAUUUCAAUAGAGCCAGCCCAGCUGCUGAAGGGGGAUAUCAUGGUCAAGUGCUACCACAAGAAGUACCGCUCAGCCACACGGGAUGUUAUAUUCCGGCUUCAGUUUCACACAGGUGCGAUUCAGGGGUUUGGAUUUGUUUUUGGGAAGGAAGACCUCGACAAUGCCAACAAAGAUGACCGAUUUCCUGACUAUGGGAAGAUUGAAUUGGUAUUUUCAGCCAGUCCAGAGAAAAUACAAGGGUCUGAGCACCUUCAGAAUGAUCAUGGCGUGACUGUGGAUUACAAUACUGCCGAUCCACUGAUACGAUGGGACUCGUAUGAAACCGUCAGUGUUGAUGGGGAAGUGUCACAUACCCAAGGACCUAUUGAUGGAAGCCUGUAUGCCAAAGUAAGAAAAAAAAGUGCAUCUGAGAGCAACAUUCCUGUUGGUGGUGCACCUGUGACAACUGGACCCGACCAAGUUGACCACACACUGUCAGUCAGCAGUGACUCCGGCAACUCUACAGCCUCCAUACGAACAGACAGGACGGAGGAACAUUUGCCACCUGGAGUCAAGCGGGAGCUGAGCCUGCAAGAGAAGGCUGAUCUGGACAGGCUUCUGAGUGGGUUUGGGCUGGAGAAUUCGGUACAAUUGAAGGAUAUGUCGGAGACGAGAGUGAAGUACAGUGGAGUGCGUCACAUUGUACCAGCUCAGGUCCACGUCAAUGGAGAUCUCAAAGCCAAGGACAGGGAGACUGAUAUUUUAGACGAUGAAGUGCCAAACCAUGAUCUGCACAGUGUGGACAGCAUAGGGACUCUCUCCUCUUCAGAGGGGCAUCCAUCAAACAAUCUGGGCAACUUCAGUUUUCACAAGAGUAGUCAGAAUUCCUUGCUGUCAGAUGGAUUUGGGAGCAACACUGGGGAUGAUCUGCACAAUGCUAUUGUACCAGACCUUGGUAUAGGGGCAGAGACGAUGUUUGAUAGGACAUUCGUCGGAGUUACCGAGGCAAAGAAUGGCUUUCAGAGACCAAGAAACCCUUCGUUAUCAGUGCAACCACAGGGUUAUACUCAAAACAUUUACUCAACUCAAACAUGGGUGCACCAGCAGCAAAUGGUUGUUGCCCAGCAGUACACCUACCCAGCAGAAAAUGACUUGAGGUUUGCUGUGGCAAGCACUGCAGAGGAUCAGAAUGGCACCCAAGCACAGCCCAAGCUUCCUGAUACUCCAGCAAGGGGCUCUAGCAGCAGGGAUGCUGUGCAGAGGGGUCUUGGUACAUUAUCAGGAGAAAAUAAGUUGCAAGACAACCCAACCAGUGAGGUUUUGUUUGAAAAGCCAGAUCUCCUCAAACGUUCUGAAGUCAAUCAGAGCACUGAAGUCACAACAAAGUUAGCAUCCAAAGAGGAAGAUUUGUCUUCUUCCCCCACCUUGGAUAUUGAUCAGUCGAUUGAGCAGCUGAAUAAGUUGAUAAUGGACUUGGACCCUACGUUUGUGCCAAUUCCUACGCGCGUUAACUCAGUGAAGAAAGGCUCCCUUAUCAAGAAAGACGAAAACAUUCAAGGAGGCAAUAGUGUAACAUCAGGACUCCAAGAACAAGCAGAAAGAGUUUCUGGAAAUGAGUACCAACAAGGUCUGCAAUCUGCAAAUGGUCACAUGACAUUAGGAAGGACAAGACAACAAAGUAUUGGACAAUAUGAGCAAAAUGAUAACCGCCUGAUGUACAACCAGUCUGGAUGGCUCAAAUCCUCUGACUUCCGUCAUCUCACCAGUACUGCACCAUUUAGCCCACCUGGGCAGCCCAGGGAGCUAAGCAUGCCGGGAUACAACGUUGGACAUGAUGAGGUGGAUGGCAGAAUGUUGAGUUCUUCCUCUGGGAACGGAGGUGAAGUCGUUCCUCCCACACCGGCAUUUCCUGUCUCACCACCAACACCAUACGUGAAAGCAUCUCCCAAUUUUUCUGAAAUAUCUGCGUGCAGUCUGGGUGAGCAGAACCGGACCCAUUCAGAUCUCUUCAGAUUAGGCCAAGAUCCCCGCAGUUACAUGGAAGCAGUGAAUCACUCAUCGGUAACUUCAGAUGGUGGUGUGGUCACAAAUCCUAGCCUGUACAGCAGUGACGUUCAGAUGACAAAUCCUGCCUACCAACAAUCCUUUGGCUCUAUGUGCUCAGUCUCCACAAGCAGCCCUGUGUCCAGGACAGAAAGCCCACCUGCUUGGUUAGAAAAUACUCAGAAAGGAGCUUUUUCUCCACAGUCAUCUGUAACUGGGGUGAGCAGAUCAACUGGCAGUUAUUUGGGUUCCCCAGAGUUUUCAGUUCAUUCUGGGAGUCCACUGCAGGAUGUCUCUACCUUGUUACAAUUUCCUUCUCCGGGGUCACAGGCUGUUUCCCCUGCCAGCCACAUGGAUACGUCCGAGAUUCUUGUGACAAACCUGCAGCAAGAUAGCCCUGGGACCAUCUCCAUGCUGCACUCUUUGCCUGCAGAGUCCAAUAACAAGCGUUAUCUGAACUACAGCAUCAGCAGUGGCCCUCAGUACGUUGGCAAACAAGCCACACUACCUGGUCUUUCUACAGGCACGAUCAAUUCACCUUCUACCAUAAACUCCCAGAUGGCCGGUUUCUUGGAUAAUGCCAGCCUGCAGCAGGGAUUGUUCACAACAGUCAGUGGGCAGGCACACAAUGGUCAAAUACAGCGGCACGGUGCUGUGAGUACCAGUGCACAUCCUCCACUGCCAGAGAAGAAGCGGAUUUCUGAGGGAGAUCAUUCAUUUGCUUCCACAUCACCAGCUUCAAGUGGCUUUUCAAGCCCACACAGUGGGAGCACGAUCAGCAUCCCAUUCCCAAGUGUUCUUCCUGACUUUUCUAAAGUCAUGUGCACUUCUGUUGUACAAGAUCCUGGCAGCAGCUCUGAUAAGCAUGUUACUGUAAAAUUUGUACAAGACACAUCAAAAUUCUGGUAUAAACCAGAGAUAUCGCGUGAACAAGCUAUUGCGUUACUGAAAGAUAAAGAGCCUGGUUCUUUCAUUGUGCGGGAUAGCCACUCAUUCCGGGGAGCCUAUGGAUUGGCAAUGAAAGUUGCUACACCCCCUGCUUCUGUGCUUCAGCAAAACAAAAAAGUGGGAGACUUGUCGAAUGAGCUGGUCAGACAUUUCCUCAUUGAAUGUACCCAGAAAGGAGUCCGGUUAAAGGGUUGCCCAAAUGAACCUUAUUUUGGGAGUCUGACUGCGCUGGUGUACCAGCAUUCCAUCACCCCACUGGCAUUGCCUUGCAAGCUGCUCAUCCCUGACAGAGAUCCUUUGGAGGAUGGGAUGGACACCUCCUCGCACACUGCCACCAACUCAGCUGUGGAGCUGUUAAAGCAGGGAGCAGCCUGCAAUGUGUGGUACUUAAAUUCUGUGGACAUGGAAUCUCUAACAGGCCAUCAGGCAAUCCAGAAAGCCACAUCCGAGACCCUGGUGCAGACUCCCUCACCUGCAUCCACUGUUGUACAUUUCAAAGUGUCAGCUCAAGGCAUCACCCUGACUGACAAUCAACGGAAACUCUUCUUCAGAAGACAUUAUGCUGUCAACACCGUCAUUUUCUGUGCUUUGGACCCACAAGAAAGGAAAUGGACAAAAGAUGGUACUUCGGCAAAAGUCUUUGGAUUUGUGGCGAGGAAACAAGGAAGCGCAACUGAUAAUGUCUGCCACCUGUUUGCUGAGCAUGACCCUGAGCAGCCUGCCAGUGCCAUUGUGAACUUUGUAUCAAAGGUCAUGAUAGGAUCCCAGAAAAAGUAACUGAAGGCCUUUGUUACAGAGCCCCUCAUUGAGAAGAGUAAACCUUUUUCUUUUAAAAAAAUAAUCUGACUGUGAGACAACUGUGCUGUGGAGUGAAACUGGUCAUGUUCAGAGGGUUUUGUAUAUGUUGGUGAAUGAUGGUAUGAGCAGGUUUGUUUUCUAUUAGAGGAUCAGGGAAACGAUCUUUAGAGAAUACUUGUUCCUUGGUUCAGACAGCGAGGGAAAAUAAAAGAUGUUUGGCUUCUGUGACUAUUGGUUAUCAAUUGGUUUUUAUUUGUUGAGGUGAAGGGUCGAUGCUUAGUUUUAUUUUUUCACUGUUUGCAGGAUUGACAUAAACCAGUUUUAAAAUAGACCAAUCAGAGAAAAAAUAAUGCAUAAUUUAUAUUUAUUUGACACAAUAUCCUUAAUAGAUGACAGCUAAUCUGAUGUUUGUAUAAUGCAUACGCGUUUUAGUGAGUUAAAUAUGUUCGGCCACAGUUUAGCGAUUGAUAUUGGCUUGCCAGGCGUUCCUGGAAGGGGAAAGCUUUUUGGUACCUUUGGAACAUAUGAGUGACAUCUUGUGUAUCGUUCCAGAAUUGCUGGCUUUUUAGUACAAGUAGUCUAGAAACUAAAGUUUUAAGUAGAACUAUUUUAUAUCAACCACAUUUUUAAAAAAUUUAUUUUUUACAACUGAUGAAAUCUUACACAACUAUAUACAGUUGGGGUAUGAGUCUAAAUUCUUGCCAAAGACAUACCAUAUAACAGCACUUUGGGCUGUCAUGUAAACAUGAGUUCAGUGAAUGAAUUCCACCCUUUCCUUCUUAUUAAGCCACUCUAUCCUACUCCCUUUGUUUCUUCCAGUGUUAACAAAUUGUGAAAAUGCCAAAAUACAAGUUUUCACUUUGACCAAUAAGCUGUAUUACGAAAAUUAAUGUUUUAUCCAUUAUGGUCUGCUUUACUUAUUCUGUAUUUUGUAGUUUCCUUAUAUAAGCAUUCUGUAAAAACCUUGUAUCCAAUAUGUAAAUGAAUUAUGUUCUAUAAUUCUUUGUAUAGUCUUUUUCCAUUCUUUAAAACAAUCUGUUAAAAUUAUAAUAAAUAUAAUAAAUUCUA